UAUUCUAUUUAUUUUUUAUCAUUUAAACCCGACCCUCUGACUUCCUCCUUGUAUUUGUACCAAUUUAAUUUUUUUUAUUUUUUAGACAAUGGCUUCACCUUGCCAACGUUCCAAACUUCCCCAACAUCCACGUAUUUUAUUGGCUACAUUAAUGCGAUUAAUUUCUUCCGACACUGAAAAGGUCCUUGUAGCGCCAGAUUCUUCACCUUUUCAUACACCUCCGCGAACACCAAAACGAUCAGAAUUCGCGACGCCUACUCGAUUGAAUCGAACUCCAAAACGUUUAUUUUCUACAAAUAAUGGCAAAUCUGUUCAGAAUUCUCAAUUUGAUUCUUCAAGUGUAACUCGCGAUCGUCUUUUUCAAGCCUAUUUACUUGUUUGCGAAAAGUUGAUGCUUCAACCUUUAGCUACAGAUGAAUUGGAUAAUGCUUAUGAAGUGUUGGAAUCUCAAGCUAUAAUUUCUUUAAGUAAACCAAUUAAUGGAAAAAAUAAACAACAAAGAGUUUGUUUUAUGGUAUGA